UAUACACCGCGCUCGCGUGUCGCGCACCUGUCAUACACUCUGCUCUCGAUCCAAGCUGAAGCGCGUGAGAGAGCGAGGGUGUCACUCAGCAGCUCCACCCCUCCGGUAACUACUCCUUGCGCCGAAUCGAAUCCACCGAACCCGCACAUCAGACAGUUAAGGUUACACAGGUAUCAAAGUAGUUUUUUCGUCUGUUUGAUGUUGGUAUUUUGAAAGAACUUACGUUGACUUGUUAGGGUGUAAAAGCUGGAAACGAGGAGGAAGAUGAUAAUUAAGAAGAAGGACGUCUGUGGGUUUGAGUCAAACUGGACUUACUGGACGUUGCUUUUUCUGUGCGCUCUCGUGCCGUUCCCCGCGCGCUCAGAUAUCACUUGCGCCUCGUGCUUCGCGCCACAGCGACACGUGAAGGAACAAGUGAAGCCAACGGCUUUUGACAACCGUCAACUUGAAAGUGUAAGCAGGAUACGGGGUCUGGAUAGAGCUCAACCUUCCCCUAAAGCUCACAGGGACUCUGCUUCGCCGUUCUGGAGUGAGAAACUGGAGAAAGCACACACAUCUAAAGCGAAGCGGACCGCCCCAAUUAAAGAAACAGAUGGAAAAGUUGAUUCCACAUCGUCUCCAUCGAAAACCAAAGUUAAGGGAAGGGAAAGGCGCAGUCUGUUUCCUAUUGACAGCGAGAAAAUUGCUAACGGUUUCCAGGACGCGGCCGAUCCAAGGUUCGAGUUCAGGCUCACCGGAGGAGCUGACGGUACCGGGAGAGGUCCGAGGCAGAAUGAGCCACACUUGGUCACUUCCACCUUCGCGCUUUCCGGAGAUGCGGCUCAUAAUCAGGCCAUGGUGCUAUGGUCCGGACACAACAGCAGUGUGAUCCUGAUUCUGACUAAACUGUUCGACUUUAACCUUGGAACAGUGACAGAGAGUUCACUAUGGAGGUCGAUAGAUUUUGGGGCGACGUACAAGAAGCUAACUGAUAAAGUGAUGAGUCGAACGAUGCUGAGCUAUCUGUAUGUCUGUCCGACCAAUAAGAGGAAGAUCCUGAUUUUAUCUGAUCCGGAGGUGGAGAGCAGUUUACUUAUAAGUUCAGAUGAAGGAGCGACUUUUCAAAAGUUCAAUAUUAACUUCUAUAUCAUGAGUCUUCUGUUUCACCCAACGCAGGAGAAUUGGAUACUAGCCUAUAGCCAUGAUCAAAGGCUGUACAGCUCGGUGGACUUUGGGAAAAAGUGGAUUCUUGUUCAUGAGAGAGUAACUCCGGGGCGAUUCUACUGGGCACUGACUGGUCAGGAUAAAGAGGCAGACCUGGUGCACAUCGAGGCCCGAACUGACAAUGGACAAAUGCAGUAUAUAACCUGCCGAGCACAAAAGUGUUCAGAGGAGGGUAGGCAGUAUCCAUUCAGCGGCAGAAUUGACACCAACUCCCUCGUAGUGCAAGACCAAUACAUCUUCCUACAGCUAACCACCGCUGGAAGAACCACAUACUUUGUGUCCUAUCAGCGAGGGCCCUUCAGGACCAUACAGCUCCCUAAAUACUGUCUACCCAAAGACAUGCAUAUUGUCAGUACAGAUGAGGGUCAGGUGCUGGCAGCUGUACAAGAGUGGAAUGAAAAUGACACCUACAGUCUCUAUAUCUCUGACACACCAGGAGUCUUCUUUACCCGCUCGCUCCCAAACCUCCGUGCCUCGCGUGGGCUUGCUGGAAACCUCAUUGUAGAUGUCUACAAGGUGUUGGGUGUUAGUGGGCUGAUUAUAGCCAAUAAGAAAGAAGACACUCAAAUGAAAACAUACAUAACAUUCAACAAAGGCCAGACAUGGAGCUUACUGCAGCCUCCGGCAAAAGACGCAACAGGACAUGACAUCAGUUGCAGCCUGCCAUUGUGCUCCUUGCACCUUCACCUGCAGAUGUCUGAAAACCCCUACACACCUGACACUAUCUCCACCAAACAGUCCGCUCCAGGGAUUAUAGUGGCCACAGGUAACAUUGGGCCAGAGCUGUCUUUCUCUAAUUCAGGAAUGUUCAUUUCCUCUGAUGCUGGCAACACCUGGAGACAGAUUUUUGAAGAGGAGCACAGUGUGUGGUUUUUGGACCACGGAGGGGCUUUAUUAGCUGUUACACAAUCAGCAGUGCCAACUCGCCAAUUAUGGAUUAGUUUGGAUGAAGGGCGACAGUGGGGUAGACUCAGUUUUUCGUCUACUCCCCUAUUUGUUGACGGGGUUUUGAUGACUCCAGAGACUGAAAAUUACAUAAUUACAUUCUUCGGACACUUUAGUUACCACUCUGACUGGCAGCUGAUAAAGAUUGACUACAGAUCCUUGUUUGGGCGGAAAUGCACCGACGGAGACUUUCAGACAUGGCACCUGCAUAACAAGGGUGAGGUGUGUGUGAUGGGAGAGAGACAGAUGUAUAUGAAGAGGAAGCCUGGCAUACGAUGCACUAUAGGUCGAGAGUAUUCUCAAGUCGUUUCAGCUGAGCCCUGCAUCUGCACCCUCUAUGACUUUGAGUGUGAUUAUGGGUUUGAGAGGCAGACAAGUGGCAAAUGUGCACCUGCAUUCUGGUAUGAUGUAAAUUUACCAGCACACACCUGCACCCAUGGACAGCGCUACCGCAAUAGCACAGGGUACAGGAGGGUGUUACUGAAUAACUGUAGAGAAGGUCUGAAAGAUACACUAAGUCCCAGAAUGCAACAGUGCAAGCCCAUUGCUCCCAGUGGCUUACAACUUAGCACCAGCAACUCACAACUCACUGCUGUACUGGGAACCAACAUAACAUUCAGAGUAACACUACAUAAUGGUGACUCCUUGUCUACAAUUCUCAAUGUGGACUUUGGAGACGGCAUCUCUGUGUCAUACUCCAACAUCAGUCAACUUGGUGACAGCAUCACACACACGUACAGGAUUGCUGGGAUAUUUAGGGUCACUGCACAUGCUCAGAACAGCCAGGGGUCUGACAGCAGCUCAGUCUAUCUGCACAUAACUAGUCCCGUAGAGCGUAUUUUUCUGUCAGCACCAGUGGUUGUCAUCAGAGGAAGAGAGGCCAACCUGACUGCAGUGUUGUGGCCCAGUCAGGCCAGGACCACUACCUUCUACUGGUGGUUCAAUAACAACACAGAGCCACUGAUCACACUGGAAGGCAGUGUCUCACAAACAUUCAUGAGGGAGGGAAUUAACUCUGUCACCGUACAGGUGUCUGUGGGAGGUACAGUCCUACAGGAUGUGAAAACCAUUACUGUGAAAGAGUUCUUCCAUUCUUUAUUGCUGUCAUUCUCCCCAAACAUGGAAGAGCACAACCCGUCUGUCACCGAGUGGAGACAGGAUGUGGGGCGCGUUGUCAGGGCAACUCUCUCUCAGGUUUGUGGCUUCCCUGAGGAACAGUUGUUAGUCUCUGUGUUUCCUGGAUCUCCCACAGCUGCUGAGCUCUUUAUUCUACCAGAGACGAACCAGUCAGCAUUCAGAUCACACACAGAGGAACAUCUAGAUAAUAUGUCUGAGGUGCUCAUGAAUGCUUUAAAUCAGAAUCUGAUCCAGUUUGAUCUUAAGCCUGACACACGAGUCUAUGUGUCUGUGUCUCAGCUCACUCUGGCACCUCUUGUGGACUCCAGUGCUCUGCCCAGUGGCUCUGCCAUGAUGUUACUGGUUUCACUGGGCCUGGUGGGGUUAGCCAUUCUUUUCAUCUACAAGUUCAAACGUAAAAUCCCAUGGAUCCAUGUGGAGACAGAGGACACCCAUGAGAAGGAGCCAGAGAUGAUCAGCACUGUCGGACAGGAGAAAAAUGGCACGCAUAUACCAGCCACCUCGUACAUGUCGUGCAGCACCCAUGCCAAGCACACACAGUUUCCCUUAAACACCACAACACACAACAGCUUUAGCCAUCUGCCACCUCCCAGAGAACUGAUGGAAAAAGAACUGGAGGCUCACAACACAGGAAGCCUUGGGGUUGGAGAGAGGCUACGGACCAGACACAUUCCAAACUGCACUAAUGUCUGAAAAGAUGAAGAAAGGUUUGAUGAUGAAAUGUCAUAAUUUCAAGGAAGUCGUAUUAGAUGUAAUUAUUAUACUCUUUCCUUAAAGGAAUCAUUUACCCAAAAAAGGAAAUCCUGUAAAUGUUUAAUGUCCCUUAUGUUGUUAUUUUUUCUUUGGAAUACAAUAAGAGAAUUUAAUUCUCCAUUUCGCAUAUUCUAACUGGUGUGCUAUGUUCCAUAUAAACACAUUUGAGAACCUGUGGCUUUUGAUGCAUCUAACGGCCAGUUCACACUGCACCGAUAGACACCGACCAAUGCAGUCAGUGUGUUAACCCUGUCGGCGUCUGUCGACGAUUGUUAUCGUCUGUUUUCGUAGACUGAACGUGUUCAAUCGGCAGUUGUUGGGUCAUGGAAUGUCUGAGCAGUGUGGUAUGAUUUUCCAACAAACUCUGACGUAAUCUGACAUGGCCACGAACAGUUGCCAUGAUGAUGAGGGAAGCGUCCCUAAAAAAACUCAAUGGAAAUGAAAGCGUGUGAGCUAGGUGCUAGCAGCAGGUGUGCUAAAUCGCUGUUGUAAAUAUAAAAAUGGCAGAUUUCUGGAUGUGAAAUUACUUAGUUUUGUUCCCAAACACAUAUGAACUGUAAAAUUGUGUUAUUAGCACAAAGGAAUUAAGCAUUUGGUUACAGCAUUUGGAACUAUGGUGCCCUUUCUCGCCAAGUGUACAGCUGACAUUUCUUUCUUAUGGAUUCCUUAAAGACGACAUUGCGUGUAAUGCAUAAAAUGCAUUGAUAGAGCAUGCAUCAUUAAUCUCUGUGCAUAGAAUAGCACUAACACUAUUAAUAUACUAGAUAGUGCUGAAAGCUUUGACCUUGUUCAGCACCACUGGACCUGACAGCUCCUUAACGAUGCGCAUAAUUAAAUUAAAGCACAAGAGUGGACGCCAAAAUAUUAUUUGAGAAAAGGUAAUUAUGUAUUGAUGUGUUAUUUAAAUAAAUUUGUUUAUUUUGGCCCCUGGUGAAGAUCAUCUACCCUUGUGUUUAGGUAUCAAUUGGGAUCAUCCACUUAACCGUAUGCCAUUUUUAGGAUUCUGUUGUAUGAAAAAAGCGAGAUGUUAAAUGUUUAUAACUUACAUUUGAGUAAAACUCUUGUUCACAACAAGAUGAUGACAUCUCAACUUAUCACAUAACCUACCUUAAGAUGUUUUUCUCUGAGAACAUGGUAGACUACAUGUUUCGGGAAUAAGCUCAGUUAAAGUUGAGCAUCCAUUUCGAAACAAGUAGUGCAGGUUACGAAAAGAUUCCCCUAAAACAAUUCAAUAUGUACAACAUAGCUGUUACAAAUAGCAAUAUUUAUAAUUUCCACUUAAAUAGCUUAAUUUAUCUUGUUUAAUUACCAUAAUAAAUACUGUUAGUUGGUUAAAUUGACAUUUCAAGGUAUAAAAUAUGAGAUUAUUACCUGUUGCCAGGAAACGAAGUUUAAUCAUUAGGCGUUCACCGGGUGAAAUGGCAUCUCUGAAAUUUGUAGUUUACCUCUGAAUUAUUGGUGUCACCAUCUAAGGUUGGUCUAGAAACUGAUUGGGGGCAAACCGAGCAAAAUUUGGAAAGCACUGGACAUCAUCAUCUGUUUGCAGUUCUCAGCAUAAAUUUAAGUAAGCGUCCCGUCUUUCACGUCGCAACAACUAAGGCUUUACCCACAACCUCUUUCUCUUCAUUCGUCGUUUUUUCAGGUGAAGAACGACACGUAAAGGCAUAAGUAAAAGUCAAAUUUGGAUUGUGGUAAAAGGAUCAUACAUUUUUUUAGCCACUCUGACUCUCUGUAACGAAGUCUGUUGGUGUCUGUUGGUGCAGUGUGAACAUAACCAUUAUGUUUCCAAAAUUCUAAAUCCAACGGCGACUUUAGAAUGUUGGUGCUUGUCGCCGUUGGUCAGUGUUUGUCUGUGCAGUGUGAACUGGAUGUGAGUGAAAUUUGUGAGCACCGGCAGAGGUAAAGAUCAUCAAUGAAUAUUUCAUUCAAUUUUGGUCAUUUAUUGUUUGGCAUCAGAACACUUAGAACAUAGCGCACAAGUUGUAUGGACUUCUUUUGUAUUUAUGGAUAGAUGAAUAAAUUAAUAAAUGAUACAUUUGAAUUGUUUUGUUAUUUUGUUUUUGGAGCUUGUGUAAAUUCUUUAGAAAUUCUCCUCUUGUGGAGCAAUUGUUCCACUGAAAAAUAAACGGCAUUCAGAUUUGGAAAUCAUAUGGGCCAGAAAAUAAUGACAGAAUUUUCAUUUUUGGGUGAAUUAUUAUUCCUUAGACUUUUCCUGUUAGUGUGGUGUUUUACAUUUUUGCUUGAUAAAUAAACAAAUCCUUAUGUGUUAUUCAAGAGAAUAGUAUUAAGUACAGGUGUACAUAAAAUCUAAAUCUCUUUUAAAAAAUAGUAGAAACAUAAAUUACAUCAGCACUUUCUAUCAUGUCUAAAAAAAAAUCUUAAGUGUUGCUUUGAUCCGCAAAACUAUUCUCUUCAUCCUAUGAUGGUACACCAAACCCCUGUUGUAAAAUAAAAGAUAAAUCAUUUUCUGCAUGCUUGUAGACAUAUUAAGAUUAAUAACUGCCACACACCUUUUUUAAAAAAAAAACUCACUUUUAGAGAUCAGAACGUAAAAUCAUAUACAAGUAACAUGUUUUCAUACAGGAAAUACUUCAUACUUAAUAUUUAAUCAUUUGUUGCGUGCUAAUUUAAAGGUCUUAUCUAGCUUUAUGUAUGUUUAUAUUGAUGCUGACCUCAUCUGAAUGUGUUAGUUAUUCUAAGAUGUGUAGAUAGAACAUUUGUUAAUGGGCAAUAGGAAACAUGGUUUUAGGAUCGAGUAGAUGUAUAUGGCGCAAAUAGAGCUUGGUACCUUCAUCUGCAGAGACUCAUUGUUUAAAAGACUCAUAUGCUGAAAGUGUCCAUUUGUGCCUUGGACAUGUGUAUUAUUGUUGUGAGAUAAAAACAUAUUCUUUAUUUAGUAUUCACAACUCCAAGGAAUAUGUUUGCAUGUAUCAUUGCUACUAAUAGCUGACUGCCAGUUUUAUAUCCGACUGUGAAAUGAAAGUCACUUAAAU